AUGUGGGGUUACGAAAACAAAGCCAAACAACUGUUAACCGUCACGUCUCUGAAAGUUUACAACUGGUUUGCCAACAGACGGAAGGAAAUUAAGAGAAGAGCCAACAUAGAAGCAGCAAUCCUGGAGAGUCAUGGGAUUGAUGUCCAAAGCCCGGGAGGUCAUUCCAACAGCGAUGAGAUCGAUGGAAAUGACUACGGUGAGCCAGUAGCUGCUGACCAAGUUUUGGGAAUGGAUGACAACCCCGGCCCAAACGAACACCAGGACCCCAUAGCUUUGGCAGUGGAGAUGGCCGCUGUCAAUCACAGCAUCCUGGCACUGGCGAGGCACGGCGGAGCCACCAGUGACAUCAAGACAGAGGUGCUGGACGAUGAGUGAGAAUCCUCCCUUUCACGUGGAACGCGGAGGGAAGCCGAAGGAGAAAUGUGGGGUUACGAAAACAAAGCCAAACAGUUUGUGCGUGAACUGUUAUUAUGAGGAAUAUGGCCAGGUCGUGGAUGACCAAAGUGAAUGCGGAGGUUAUAAAGACUGUUAACCCAACAUUCCCCCUCCUCCUCCCUCCUACAUGUGACGCCUCAAUAGUCUUUCCAUUCAAACCGUUCUCCUGCACGCAGCGGUUGAGGAGGCUCUGCAAUUAAACUGUUGAUGAAACACAUUCACUAAAAACUUCAUGCGACAUAUCACCCUGCCAUCUCACACUUGGAUAGUGAAUCUCGCCUCUCAGUUUUCCUUCUUUCAGGAAGUCUUCUUUGCAGGAUAUAAGAGGUCAGUAUCAUACUAAAUGCUCACUGCCUCAGUCUCUCCAGGGAAAGUGUGUUGGGAAGCAUAUUCUCUCUCACUUCUUAACUUAUUUCUUUAUGUACGUGCAGUCCAGCGUUGCUGAAAUUGCGUUUAAACUUGUACAGUUGCCACCAGGGUCUAAAGUUAACACUCUCCUACCACCAAAUGUGUACCUGC